UGUUCCUGCGAUGAUGGCGCUGCAGCUGAGGACCGGGGAUGCAGCGUACUACCAGAGUGCACAAUACUGCCGAAACUACACUCCUCCGCCCGUGCGCUACGGUGACAGCAGCCAUUAUCUUGCGCGCUUGCCAGGUCCAGGAACCAUGCUGAAGCCUCCCCUGAGUCUCUUCAGCCAUCCCCAGCAGCCCUUCCACCACAUGGACGCUCUGCGCUCUUUGGGACCUCCACCAAUGGUGCCUACCCAGCCUCUUGGCCUACCGCCCAUAGCCCCUUCUCAGGCAAUUGGACCCCCAACCAUGGCUCCUGCCCAGGGUCUGGGGUCUCCUCACAUAACUGCCACUCAUCCAUUAAGGCCUCCGCCCAUCACCCCUCCACACACCUUAGCGCCCCCUCCAUUACCCCCAGCUCAACCACUGGUGCCUGCGCCAAUGGCACACACUCUGGGGCCCCCACCGGGAAAUCCUGCACAAGCACUAGUACCUCCCACCAUGGACCUCUCACAACCGCUGGGGCCUUCUCAUCUGAACCCUGUCCAAGCACUGGUGCCCCCACCUGUAGUGGUGCCUGCACACGGCCGAUUUCCCCUCCCUCCAAGUCCCUUGUCGUCAUCUCCCGCUCCAGGCCCCGACCCUUCGCAGAUGCCCCCGAGGCCACCGGGACCGGCCAUAAUCCCGGCGCCGCCAGGGUCCAGACUCAUCUGUGGUCCUCUCCCAGGUCAGGCAGCCCUGACCAGCGAGCAGCCGCAGGACGAAGGCUCCUCUCUGGGGAUGGAGGAGCAGGAGGACUCUCUGGGGCUGGAAGAGCUGUGUAAACCACUGUACUGUAAACUCUGCAACGUUACACUCAACUCUGCUCAGCAGGCACAAGCUCACUACCAGGGAAAGAACCACAGUAAAAAACUUAGAAACUUCUACGCCGGUAGUAAACAGCCACCAGCCAUAAGGAUCCCAGAAGCUCUUGAGGCAGCCGGCCAGACGACUGUCAGUUCAGGAUCCAGCGACGGUGACGCAGGGAAACAGGCGUUGUAUAAAGGGGCGCCCCGGGUCAUCUUGGCCACAGAGAACGACUAUUGUAAAUUGUGCGACGCCUCCUUCAGUUCACUCGCAGUCGCACAGGCUCACUACCAGGGCAAGAACCACGCCAAGAGGCUGCGCCUGGCCGAGGCCCAGCAGAACUCCAGCAACAUGGAAGGCAGCAAUGAGGCACUCCCAAAAAGAAACCGGAAAGAUGGCAGCGAAUACCGACUCGUGAAAAACCGUCGCAGCCCACAGAUGCCUGCUGCCAUGCCAGGGCCGUACUACAACCCGAGACCGAGGCAGCGCAUCCCCAGGGACUUGGCCAUGUGCGUGACUCCCAGUGGGCAGUUUUACUGCUCCAUGUGCAACUGUGGAGCCGAGCAGGAGACGGACUUCAGGCAGCAUCUGGAGAGCAAGCAGCACAAAGCCAAAGUGUCCGAGUUAAGAUACCGCCAUGAGAUGGAGAACCUCGGCUACAGCUAGGAGAGGCAAAGAGGGAGUGGAAGAGAAAAGACAGAGACUAGAGGGAGGCAGAAAAGAUAGACGGUACGAUUACGCAGGGCAGUAAAUGUAAACACAGCCUUCUGUUUGAGGGUUGAGUGUGAUUAGCCCAACUGGCCACCAGAUCUUGUUGCAAUUGAUUUGAUAUGUGGAUCAAAUGUUAUAUUUCGUCAGGAGCAAAAAUAAAUGGAGAGCUGUAGCUCAAGGGGUCGAUCAGGUUGUCCACUAAGUGCCGGGUUGACAGUUUGAUCUCCAGCCCCUCGUCUCUGCAUAUCAAAGCAUCCUCAGACAGACGCUGAACCCCACAUUGCUCCCAACGAGCCGGUCAGAUCUCCCCGUCCCAUCCGCGCUACAACAAAUCACACUAGUGGAUUUAUUUAGAUUGUAUUAUCCUUGCUCACUUUGUGUAUUGGGCCAGUUUUCAACAUAUAUCAGUAUUUAUAUAGAUAUAGAUGUAGAUAUAGAUAUAGAUAUAUGUAAAAGAGAAAAAAACUUAAACUAAAGUUUUUUUUCACAAACAGCUUAACAAGAACAGCUGCUUCAUCCUGACUCAGGUUACAAGUGAAUGCAAAUGAGAUGCAAAGAAAUCUCUGGCUUUUUCGGGCAGCAGGGACGGUACUAAUGGGACUUGAUUUAAGUUUCAAGAGACGAUGCAAACAAGAAAAAGUGAAGAAACUGGUAACAGAACUAAAAAGGAAGAGGGAAACAGCGGAUCAGAGCAUCCUGGGGAAAACAACGAGGACAAAGGAAAUGGUUUUAGUUAAAUGUUUUUUUUUUCCUUCUACUGUUCAAAACAAGCCUACAGGUAUCUCUUGGGGUCCUGCAGCAGGACUGUCUGAGAGCGCAGAGCUGCAGAGACCAUGAAGGGGCGUCUUUAUCUGCAGAGAAAAGACGAGGACCGCUGGAUUAUUGGUGGGAAAAAACAAGAAGAAAAAAAAGCAAAGCACAAUGAACUUUAUCUGACAUAACAGUGUUACAUGAAUCUGUGAACCUUACCCGACCUCUGAUUUAGGUUAAAGGUUAACCAUCGUAUAGCCUUGUUCAUGUCUUUGGAAGGAAUCAGGCUAAAGCUUCAGAUAGCGGCCAUAUUGGCAAUAUAACAGAAACCCAUCUGUUCUAUUGUAGGUUUUUUCUAUAUUCUUCUUUCUUCUUCUAUUAAGCUUCACAAAUGUUACCUAGAUACUCCUAAAUUACAUUACUUGUGUACAUAUGGUAUGAUAAACAAGAACCCAGUUGAUUCUUUAGUUCAUGUUAGCCUCUUAGGAUACUGUAAAGUUUAAUAAUUAUCAGGAAGCUCCUCCCACGCGUGGACUGACUGAAUGUCGGCUCUGCGACACUGUUUCGUGUCAGGAUUUCACUGUAGGCUCUCCACAGCAACGCUGUUCAUCAGUUGCACCUCUGAUACCGCCAGCGUGUAGUUUAAAGCUGCUAGUAUGUUCAUUUUGACCGCAUGUGCUGUAGGAAACGACGUGCCAGGAAAGGCUGGCUCUGAAGCCAAAACUGCUUUUGUUGCAGGUACAAGCUUAGUGUUUGUCUGGAGAAACAAACAAGCCGGAAGACUCUCAACGAUGCAAGUAGUCGGAAGCGAUUGACUCCAAACUGCAGAUUUUCAUUCUCCUGAUCAAGCUGGUCUGGAUUUUCAGACAGAUCUUUUUCGGUGGUUGCUCUCAUCCUCUCGUGAGUUUCUUUUGUUAGCCCAUAAGGUCAGUUAUGUAAUUGGAAUCAAAUUAGAUUUCCUCAAUCUGUUUAUUUGCAAUUGUAUUUAUUCUAGUUGAGGUAGCACAGCCACAAGGCAUUUAGAGUUCAAAGUCAUACCACAUUAUUACAAAUGGAUCCUCUGCUUUUAAUGGCAGGUAAAAAUAGAAACACAUUUAUACAACAACCUUUCUUCGCAAAGUCUAAUGAAUUCAAGUAUUUUUUUGUUACUGCCAUUUCCAACGGUCCUGCUCAUAAACUCAGACGCCAACGUCACUGAAUCCGUUAAAAUUGUGAUCGUUAACGUAAUCACGUUUGUGUAAAAGUGAAAUUUGAAUCCCCUCGGUUUGCUCUUUGCUUGGUUUAAUCAUCUGUCAGGAAUAUCAGCUGUGAGCAUCUUUUAUUUGUCUCUGACUCUGGACCACAAACACACAUUUGCGGUUCACUGGACACGCAAGGACACUCCGGAGAAAAGCACUGUGAGAACUGAGAACUGUGCUGGAUGGGGGAUUUGAACAGACGGGGACAAAGAAAAGGGCAAAAAUAAAUAAAUAAGUAAAUAAAAAAAGUGCAUUUGCUGUUUAUUGGCUCACAAAAUGGUAGAGUUAUAAAAAACAAAGCUGGGGGUGACACAGCUUCACGAGUUUUUUGUUUAUAGCCAUCCUCCCCCUCCUGCUGUUGUUGUUCAUCAAAGCACUCGUAUCAUAACCUUUUAUUUUGUUGACAGCAUCCUGGAUUGAAAACGAGACUCACACUCCGGUGUAGCUGCUAAACAACAUCAACUAUUGUGGGGAACAAAAAAACUGCAGAAGAAUGAAGGAAAUGAGAGGAUCAUAGGAAACUAACGAGUUUUCCACCAAAACAGUGCAAUGAAAACCUGCGAUUGUAUUCAACAUAAUAUCAGCACCCUCUACAGUAAGAUCAUUUGUCUUCAUGCAACUUAAAAUCAGGCAUUAUUUUCCCCUUUAUAAAAGGUUAUUGCUAUGAUAUUGACACGGAUGAUGUGCAGUUCAACCAAAGACUGACAUUUCUUUUCCAGGUUUAUCAAAGUAACGUUCAACUUUUCAGAUAAAAGCUCAACUACAAACAAAAUUUAGAAAAGGAAUUGCAAUUUACUGUAUAUCUAGAAUGUGACAAAGAGUAAGAAAGCCCUGCAACCGAUUUACUAAAGGUCUCAAAAUACUUCAGUCUGUCAAAGCUGACACACUGUGGCACUGGUUUGUUUUUGGGAAGAUAAUGAUGUGGAGCCAAGUGCCCGUAGCCGCCGUCCUGCUGCAGGACGUACACGACAACAAUGUUCAAACCUCUGGCCUCCACUCAGCUGUGGACCAACCAGAUUGCAUUCAGCAAACACACACACAACAUCUGAUUUUUCUGAUUUUGUUUGGGAUUUUUGUCUCCACAUUGCAUUUGGGGGUUAUCUGGAAAUUCACAUCUGAACAUCUGAUCUGGACACUUGCAGAUGACAAAGCAGAUACUCUUUUGUCAAGAUAAGAUUUGAGAAGAAAAAGAAAUGAGGUAAUCUCAUCCAGUAUUUCAUGAGAAAGAAAAUUAAAAAAUCACGUCCAAGCUUGUGAGUGGAAUUCCAUAAAAAUGUGUGCGUGUGUGUGUAUUUUAUGUUUUUUACAGUAAUACCGAGGCAUUACAGGUUCCACUGUGACUGUUUGAUUUCUUGUAAACAUAAAGCGUUACUGGUCCCUCCAUAAGAAACAUCAUUCAGAUCACAAGAUGACUUACAAAAGAUGUAUUGUAUUAUUGAUGAUUAUUCAUGUUUAGGCUUAACACUUUAUUUUCCUUUGAAAAGAUUACUUGGAAAUUGUAUUUUGAAGAAUAUUUUGUGAUUUAAAAAGGAAAAUCCCCAAACUAGCAGGCACUACUGAAACGCCAUUAAACAGCGUGAAAUGAAGUCAUUUGUGUUUGUGCAGUUUGUGUUUAAUGGGCUGAAACAUGGCGGACCAGUGGCACAAAUACUCCUCUCGUUAUUUUGUAGCACGGAUAUGUUAUCUAGUCCUGCAUUUAACUGCAAGGUUGCACAAAAUGUUUUAACCCAUGAAAAGAAAGAAAGAGAAAAUAAAAAAAACCCUGUG